CAGCUGCAGCACCCCCACCAGUAUCCCCACCACUGGAUCCCUUAUCUCCCCCCACAAGUCUUCUCAUUAUCUGCUCCCUUUCCGCUGCUGUGGAUGUGGCUUUUAUCUUAUCUCCAUGUGCUUUUCCUCCAUUUCCUUGUUGGCUUCUCUGCUGUCACAAAAGGAAAAAAAAAAUAACAUGGAGGAGAUCCUGCUGCAGGGAAUCUGUCUCUGGGCUUGGGGAUGCUAGGCCAUGCUGGGAAAUACUGGGGGAUGUUUGCCCCUGUUUGGAGGGCGCUGUGCCAGUGAUGCUCAGGUGGGUCUUGGGGCUUGCUUGGGUGAUUUACAGGAUGUUCAGGUGAUGCUGGGGGGGUUACUGAGUGCAGGUCCUGUGAUGCCCUCGGUACUCUAGUGAUGCUCAGGUGUCUCAGUGGGAUGCUUAGGAGAUGCUGGGCAGUGCUGGGGAGAUGCUGGGUGAUGUCAGGAGAAACUGGGAGAAUACUUGGAAUGCUCCAGGAUGCAGGACCACGGUGGGACAGCCAGCCAGCUCCACCUGCUGGCAUUCACCACCUGUCACUGCGGACCAGUACCCGCCACACAGCAGCCCCAAAUCAGAAGACAUCCUAAGGGAGAGGAUGAACUGCUGCCUUGGGGAGGAAACCUCAAAUUACUUUAAAAGGAAGGCCAGCUCACCUCUCCUGUCAGGACACCAGCAGCAAGGUAUAAAUGGCCUCAAAACGGUGCUUGGAGUCUGUGGACCCCGUGAUUUUCAACAAGCGACCUUGGCUGGAGACGGAGCCCGCCACCAGUUUUCCAUCCAGCAAAAUCCAAAGCAAAUCCAGCCCUGUGCCCAGCCCUGGCUCCGAGAACCAUUUCAACUACAAGGGCUCCUACUUUGCCUGCCCACUGCAGAGCUCCAAGGAUCCCGAGCAGCCCCUGGCCGGCUGGAGCCCAGCACCCACCUACCUACACUACAGCCCUGGUGCCAUGAGCCAGCCAGUGCCCGACAGGGCGUCUCUGGUGGGCUUCCUGCUGUACCCAUCGGAGAGCCUGGGCGCCAGGCUGCAGGACCUGGGUGCCCAGAAGGGCAAGGACAGCCUGAUGCAGGAGCAGCUGAUGGCUAGGAAGAAGUUGGACAUCCCAAGGUGCCCCUUACCGGUGAAGAAGCCGGUGGCCGUGAACAAGGCGGCCCCACUGGCGGUCCCCACGCCGGUGUAUGGAGCCCCUGCCUGCUUCCUGGCCCCCAGGAUGGUUCUGCCGCUGGGAACACGAGUGGAGAGCCUGCAGCAGGCACCAAGGGAGGCAAACUGGGCUCUGCCCCCUGCCAUCCACCCUCUCCAGCUUGGCGAGCCCCACAAGAGGGCUCCCUGCCCUGACCCCAGCAUCCCACCGCUGCCCUCCAGCCUGGUACUGCCUGCCAAGGAGCAGCUGGGCUCCCCCGUUGCCUUAUCCCACUACUAUGUCACCUUUGAUAAAUACAGGCCCCCCCCAAGCACCCUGGUCUUGGAGGCAAGCUGUCCCAGUGCCCACAGCCAGAAGAAAGUGCCAGAGGUCCCCAGCCUCAUCCCAGAUUCCUGUCCCAAGCUCCAGCUGCCUGAUGCUGGCCUGACAAACCAGGAGAGGCCAGCAAUGUGCUACCCACCCCCACCCUACCCACUGUCUCCUCACAGAGCUGCUCCCCUCUAUCACCCUCCCACUCCCGGGGAGGCCAGUGCCCUGCCCAGCUCCAAUUUUGUGGAAAACAGGAAGCCCUUUUCUGGCUCUUACCUCAAACCCCAAGCCCCAGGGAGCUACUUUCCUGGCCCCUUGGACACCCACGUGCCAAGGACAGCGGGUGCUGGUCCCUCCAAGCCGGUGGUGGUGCUGAGGGAUGCUGAGCUGCCAAGGGAUGUUGAGCUGCCUGGGUACCCUGGUUUUACCUUCAACUCUGGCGAUGAAUCCGUGUUCCACACCUCCUUGGAGCCAGGAUGUGAGCAGCACGAGGCAGAAGGUUCACGGUGGCGAGCGGCAUCAAGGCACAGCAGCGCUUUCCAACCUGUUUGCACCCCAGAGAAGCUUUCCAGGGGCUCCAGUGGGCUCACGGAGACAUUUCCCAAAAGAGAAGGGAGCUGGGAGAAAACCAGGCAAGGAGAGCAGGAGCCCCCUUCCCUGGGGAGGAGGAACACCAGCCCAGCCUCUCAGGACACCCCAUGUAGGGCACCAGUGGCUCCUGUCAUCAAAGGGCAAGGAAAUGACUGCAAGGUCAAGGAUCCAGCCAAGGAGCUUGCCCCGCCUUCUGCAUCCGUGACCCCCACAAAGGGGCUGGAAGACCUGAGGGACACCAAGGUUUUUUCUUCCUCUCCACCGAUGCCAGUGAUCCACAAUGUCUUCAGCCUGGCACCUUACCAGGACUACCUGGAGAAGAACAACGGCUCAGCCCCUGUCCUCUUCUGCAGGGACCAUCUGUGGGGGGACCCCCCACCUCAAAACGUGAGCCACAGCCAGGAGGCAGCUUCCCUCAGAGAUACCUCGGGGGUGUCCAGCCCGAGUUCGGACAGCGGUGUGGUGCAGAGCCAAGGGGAGAGUUGUUACAAGGGGGCCCCCAAAAACCCAAAGCCUGUGUCCCCAGAACUGGAGUCUCAGGAGGGCAGCCCCGAUGGGGUGGGCACUGGGGAGCUGCUCAGCGAGGAUACGGUGCUGGACCUCAGCUUGAGGAAGAGACCAGUGGAAACCAUGGAGACCCAGGGACUCAUCAGCUGUGUGGAGAGGACACUGGACCAGGAGGAUGUGGAGAAGGAAGAGAAAAAGGCUACAGGGGGAAAGGUGGGAGAGGGGGCCCAGCCCCAGCUGCUUGAGGUGGGCUCUGGGGACAGGAGCAACUUCCAGAGCUCAGCCACCUUCAUGUUCAAAAAAUACAAGCUCCUGCACUCCCUCACGCCCGGCACAGAGCCCCCCCAGCAGGAUGGCAGCCCCCACGCCCCCCAGCCCAGCCCACCCAGCAGCACCCCCACGCCGAACCCACCAACCUCUUCACCAUCCAGCAGCCCCCCAGUCCCACCACCUGCUCCCCAGCCCAGCACCAUCUCAGGCCCAAACCCUCCGCAGCCUCCACUUCCCGAAGCCCCUUUCACCCCAGGGGAGGAGGGGAUCUCACUGGCCAGGAAGUUUGGCAGUCCCCCACCAGAGACCCCCCCGGGGCAGUACUUUACCACCCUGCACACCUGGCUCUGCGACACGAUUUCGGGAUCAGUGUCACGGUCGUCCCCAGAGCUCCUGCAGCAGUGGCUGAAGAAGGCGGAGCUGGCAGAAGAGCUGGGAGAGGUGCCCAAAUCUCUGCCCAAGCCCAAGAACGGCUCCAAGGUUCCUGCUCCUCAGAAGCCCCCCAAAGGCAAGGAGAUCUGGCUGGCUUUCCAGGACGUGGCCACGCUCCUCGCCAACCUGCUCUCCCAGCUGGAGACCUUCAUGUUCUCCUGCCCUUUCCCCCACGUUGUCCGGGCAGGAGCCAUCUUCAUCCCCAUCCACGUGGUGAAGGAGAAGCUCUUCCCGAAGCUCCCUGGGACCUCUGUUGACCUAGUGCUGCAGAAGCACAAGGUGGAGCUGCGUCCCACCACGCUCUCAGAGGAGAGGCACUUGAGGGACCUGGAGCUGAAGAGCUGCACCUCCCGCAUGCUGAAGCUCCUGGCGCUCAAGCAGCUUCCUGAAAUCUACCCAGACCUGCUCAACCUCCACUGGCACAACGCCAUCCAGCAGCAGCUCGGUUUGAGGUCGCAGGCUAGCCAGCAUCCUUCCAAGUAGGUAGCCCCAGCUCAGACGAUGAAAGCUGAUGGCAAAACAACAGCCACGGAUAGAUCAGAGAAAGAGGAGGCACUAAGGAGUGUCCCAAGGGCAACGUGAGAAUGGGAACAGGAAGGUCCCUCAUCACCAGAGCCAUGGAUGUUGAGAUCACCAGCAGCCCUGUAGGGAAGUGCUCGGUUCCCACCAGCAUCAGGGGACUCUCCAAGGACAACGCUCAGAGUGGAGAACAGCUUGGUGGCGCAGGACCACAGGCAGGGAUGCUGGUGUGGUGUCUGUACCCACGGGGCUGGGCUCAAGCCCCUCGUGGCAGCUGGGGCUAAUUUUUGUUUGAAUGCAUCAUUUUUUAGUGCAUCUCCCACCUCCAUCCAUGACUGACUUGGUGAGCUGGGAGGAAUUGGCUGGAGUUCCAGUGGAUCUGGAGCAAGAGGAGCAUGGAGACAGUUACAGCACCAUCUCCAGCCUUGGAAAAAGGCUGGCUACUGUGAGGAUGACAUCCCACCUCCCUCCUCUCUCCUCUAAAUCCCCUCUCCUGCUUUAUCCGUGCCAUUCCCAAGAAACGUACCUUCCUUCUGGUUUUUCAUCUUUAAAGCGCUACAGAAACCUUACACAACAUCAGCACAAGGGAAUCGUGACUUCUGUAGUCCCAGGACUAAUUUUUCUUGUUUUAAAUGAAGACAUUUUACAAAUGUUCUGGAUUUACCUUUAUAAGGAGCUGCUGCCUUCAGGUCAUGUGUUUUGGGUGGGUUUUUUUUUCUUUAAAUACAGUAAUUUAUACUUUUUAUUUCAACUAGAAGGCUACAAGAAAGAUUUAAAGACUCCUAAAGAAAACCAAACCACUUCGUCCGAGAUCCUCUUUCGGGGAGAUGCACAUUUAGCGAUCACCUCAGUGGAGAUCACAGGAGCAGAGAGGGGAGCCACGCUGCCAGGCCUUGGAAGCAGGGAUCCUUUCCAUCCCAGAGGGUUGAUGGGCAUCCAAGAACGUGCAAACAUCCCCUGGUCCUGGGGGACUGCAGCAGGGUGCACAGCAGAGGCCUUACCAACUCAUCACUCAGGUGUUUUUCCCGCUGCUGCAGGGCAUGGAGGAACAAAACAAGGAUUAUUACGAUUUUUUUAUUUCACUACAGCGAGUGUUUACUUUAAGAAGAGAGAGGAAGGAAAAA